UUGGAAAACCACUUUGCCCUGGUUGUAAUUGUAUUAGAACUAGGCAACUAGUUAAUUAGCUAACUAAGCUUGAUGAGUUAUGAUGGGAAAUUAAACGUCUUUAGAAUUGUUUUGUUGCAUAUAGUAUCCAGCAGAUGGCAACACGUGCAUGGUUCACUGAUGAGUUAUGUCAUUUCCUACUGUAGCGUUGUAGUUCCGACAAGCUGUCAAUCAAACGUUGUGUCAGUCGAUUGUUGUCUCGUACUCUUGUCUUGGAAAGCAACUUAAUCAGAACCACACAUUUACACUUUCGAUGGAAACUUUGUGGGCUUGGACAUCAAACCCGGAAGAGAACUAACGUUAAUAAGCGAGACGAGCUGCGUUUACACAGACAGUGCGACCAUGGAAGCAGAAGCACACAGUUGUCACCGACUGCCUGGGAAAACAUCAAGAAAGAGGAGGAGGGAUGAAAUCAAGGGAGAGCAGGCCGUCAAGGUCCGACGAUCCACAGUGGGUCUGACAGAUCCAGCCCCAUUUGCUGACCAGCUAGAACCAGUUACCGCUCCGUACGUGCAUGUCAGUAUGGAGGAGGCAUGCCAGGGCACCCCACAAGAGCGUCCAGUGCGGGUAUAUGCAGAUGGAAUCUUUGACAUGUUCCAUUCCGGCCACGCCCGAGCACUGAUGCAAGCCAAGGGGCUCUUCCCAAACACCCAUCUAAUUGUCGGAGUAUGCAGUGACGACCUGACACACAACUUAAAGGGCUUCACCGUAAUGAACGAGGACGAACGCUACGACACCGUCAGUCAUUGUCGCUACGUUGAUGAGAUCGUACGGAACGCACCAUGGACGCUCACGCCGGAGUUCCUGGCUGACCACAGGAUUGACUUUGUCGCCCAUGACGAUUACCCAUAUUCUUCUGCAGGAAGUGACGAUGUUUACAAGCACAUCAAGGCGGCAGGCAUGUUCGCACCCACACAGCGGACAGAAGGCAUCUCUACUUCUGACAUCAUCACCCGUAUUGUCCGCGACUACGACGUGUACGCACGCAGAAACCUGCAGAGAGGCUACACUGCCAAAGAGCUCAAUGUCAGCUUCAUCAAUGAGAAGAAGUACCACCUGCAGGAGCGUGUGGACAAAGUGAAGAAGAGGGUGAAGGAUGUGGAGGAGCGAUCCAAAGAGUUUGUGCAGAAGGUAGAGACAAAGAGCAUCGACCUGAUCCAGAAGUGGGAAGAGAAGUCCCGAGAGUUCAUCGCCAACUUCCUUCAAAUGUUUGGCCCAGAGGGAGCACUGAAGCACAUGCUAAAGGAGGGGAAGGGGCGGAUGCUGCAAGCCAUAAGCCCCAGGCAGAGCCCCAACAGCAGCCCGACCAGAGAGCGCUCACCCUCUCCGCCGCCCUCCUUCCGUCUGCCCUUCUUCACCAAGACCUCCCCUCCCUCUUCGCCCCACCACCUCAGUGGAGCAGACCGCAUAAGCGAGGAUGACGAUUAGGAGCCUCCCUCCAUUCCUUUCUCUCCCUGUGGCUGAGAUGGUGCAGGUCAGGGUUAGGGUAAAUACCAUUUCAGUCAAUUGAUUGAAUUGAAAUGGAAUUGACCCCAGCCCAAGUGCUCACAAGGAAUUGAUAAUUCACAUGUUCUUGAAUUAGGAUGCCAUGUUGCGUUUUUUUCCUAUCCCGCUCACAUUACUGGUUAUCUUUACCAGGCCUCUAGUGUCAGUUAGGCCUUUGUCAUGUUUAAAGGAAACCACAACACAAUAGCACAGGAAGUUUAAUCAUAACUUUCUGUAAAACGGCUGUUCUUUGGGGUCACAGUGUUGUUAUACACAAAAUAGAUUUUUUAAUGUUUCAUUUAUGAUGUAUAAAAUGAAUUAAUGAGCAUGGGAAGGUGUCAGCCAAUACGGGCGUGAGUGAUGGGACACUCAUUCGCUCACAAAUGACUUGCAUGUUCUUCCGACACACACUGAAUUGUAUUUGCCAUGCUAAAUCCAUAGUAGCGCCAGAGAAAAUUGAACAAGUGAUAACCGGUACUUUCUGUAAAUAAUAUCUUUCUACUUUCCCAUAGAUUUCAUUCUGAAUUUUCCUUAUGGGAGUCACAUGAAGUAAUCGCUUAAGUCGUCUGGAUUUUUAAACUUCUCUGGUGAAAGCAUAGUUUUAUCCCAUAACAAAAGCUGGUUUCAAACAUGGGGAGGGAGGGGACAUGGGAGAGUUUCCUCCAAUAUGAAGCAGUAGAAUGCCAUCCCUCCUCCCCCUCUAGUGAUCACGCUACAGGAGCAACACAGCAGCAUGUUGUUAUCAAUGAAAGACAUGGUGAGCCUCCCUCCCCUCGUAGAUGCAUUCUCUUCAACUCCACAGAAAAAGACCACUUUGGUAGAAAGAAAGCCUUGUGCAGAAUUCCGAAUACCCCCAUAGCCACCUACCACCCCUUAGGGCCUAGGCACUCCUGUAGAUCUGAAAGGAUGGGAUAGCUUUUGCGUUCUGGCUGGGUGGCAUUUGCACUGUUGGAUACACCUAUUCAGUCCUUUUAGGCCUAGGACACACUGAGGUUGUACAACUGAUGUACAAUGCAUUGGACUCGACAGUUGUGAUGCAAUGGAUAUUGUUUUUAACGGAAACGUUUAAAAUAUUGUUGUUUGGUGUCUCCAGAGUGGUUGGGUAAAUAUUUGUGUGCAGACAAAUGCAUAACAAAUACCUGUUGUAUCAAAUGCGUUGUACAACCUGAUGUGAACUAGGCCAGUAGACCUACAGGUGGCCUAAGGCUGUUCCACUUGCUCAGGAGUGAAGUUCCACUAGGGACAGAUCUAGGAUCAGCUUCCUCCCCCAAUACACCUCCCAUUAGUGGAGAAAAUUCUAAACUGACCCAAGAUCAGGGGAAACUUGACCAUACUCCAUUCUGCUUAAUAACCUCCCGACUCUGUAACUGUAAUUAGGUUGAUCGAGGACUUUUGACUACAUUGGUCACCUGAUUAGUCACCAAGUUGAGUUGUAUUUUGUAAUUUACUUUUAUUUAAUAUGUACUAAGUGUGUUGGUUUGUGUUAAAGGAGAUCUACUGUAUGUACUUUAAUCUUGUAUAGAUGUCAUUUUUGUACACCUCCUGGAAAAACCUUCUGCUGAUUUUUUCUUCUUUUUUUGUUGUUGUAGAAAAUAGUAAUUCCACUAAUCAGUAAUUCCAAAUGCAUUGUGCAUCUCCACAACUUUAUGCCAAUAGAUUCCAAAUAAUUGUUUUGGGGGGUGAUUUAUUAGAUUUUUUUUUCCAGAGUGCUGAUGCUAUGUGUAAUCAGAGCUGCAUUGUGGCAUUCCUCCCAGACAUGUUUUUUUUCAACAGAAUUCAUGUUUAAGCUUAGCCAGAGUCUGUGGUUAUUCAAAUCGUUAUAUUGUGAAUUGUAUUCUCUGAAGCAAGCAACUUUAGGCACUUAUACAAUAGUAUGUGAAAUAUUAUUCUGCGUUUACACGGGCAGCUCAGCCCGAUUCUGAUAUUUUUACCAAUCAGAUCAUCUCUGAAAAAGAUCUGAUGUGGAAGAAAGAUCAGAAUUGGUCUGCCUGUGUUGUGUUCAAUUGAAAUACUGUAGAAUUCCAUUCAUUCCUAUGGAGGACUGCUCCUACUGGGGAGUGCCAAUAUUGCCGAGCGGUGGCUUCAAGGCCUCUCAAUGGCCAAUAUAUGACAUCCGCAAUCCAGGCUUUGGAGAUGUUUGAUGGGGUUCAAGUCUGGGCUCUGGCUGGGCCUUUCCUUAGCUGUGUGCUUAGGGUCGUUGUCCUGUUGUGAGGGUGAACCUUCGCCGCAGUCUGAGGUCCUGAGCACUCUGGAGCAGGUUUUCUUCAAGGAUCUCUCUGUACUUUGCUCUGUUCAUCUUUCCCUCGAUCCUGACUUAGUCCCUCCCACUGAAAAACAUCCCCACAGCAUGAUGCUGCCACCACCAUGCUUCACCGUAGGGAAGGUGUCAGGUUUCCUCCAGACAUGACGCUUGGCAUUCAGACCAAAGAUUUCAAUCUUGGUUUCAUCAGACCAGAGAGUCCUUUAGGCUGUCGUGCCUUUUACUGAGGAGUGGCUUCCGUCUGGCUGCAGAUAUGGUUGUCCUUCUGGAAGGUUCUCCCAUCUUCACAGAGGAACUCUGGAGCUCUGUCAGAGUGACCACCUGGUUGUUGUUCACCUCCCAGACCAAGGCCCUUCUCCCCCGAUUGCUAAGUUUGGCCGGGCGUCCAGCUCUAGGAACAGUCUUGGUGGUUUCAAACGUCUUCCAUUUAAGAAUGAUGGAGGGGACUUUUAAUGCUACAGACAUUUUUUUGGUACCCUUCCCCAGAUCUGUGCCUCGACACAAUCCUGUCUUGGAGCUCUACAGACAAUUAUUUUGACCUCAUGCCUUGGUUUUUCCUCUGACAACUGUGGAACCUUUUAUAUAGACAGGUGUGUGCCUUUCCAAAUCAUGUCCAAUCAAUUGAUAAUUAUUUGAAAAUUGAAUAAAAACAAUUUUUUCAAUUUUAGAAUAAGGCUGUAACGUAACAAAGUGGAAAAAGUCAAGGGGUCUGAAUACUUUCUGAAUGCGUUGUGUGUGUAAAAGCAGCUGGUUACUGCUUACAUUUGUGUUUUUGCUGGUCACAAAUGUAUGCAUUUCAGUGGCAGGCUUAUGAGGGCCAACACAAUAUCCUCCUGUUUUUAAAUGUCCUCAUUGUUUCUCUGCCCUUUAAUUGGCAAAGGAAAUGUCUGUCUUGUCAUGAACUGUCAACCUGUUGACUACUAUCAGUUAUAACAGGACUAAAAUAAAUAUGUACAAAGAAAAAUA